CAUUUAAUCGCUAGAAAUGCUAAAAAAGAGAUUGCACUAUCAGCUGGGGUUGAUUCAGGGCAGCUGACAUUGUACUAUCGCCAAAUAUUGUUUACAUUUAUUUUCAAACCUUCUAUAAAAGAGCAUAGCAUUUAUUUAUAAUUCAACUGAAUUUUUAAUAAAAAAUUGAAUAAGAACUAAGCUUGAAAAAUGGAAAGUAAACAUUGUUCGGUGAUGGUUAUCCUAGUAACACUUUUAUUUCCGAUUUGUACUGCAUUCCCAUCACUAGAUCCGAAGGAGGAAGAAGCUAGAAGAUUUGUGGAAGAUGCGUCUAGGAAACUGUACACUUACUACGACACGAUGGCUGCCAAUACACUAGGAUUGGAAACCCAAGUUUGGUCGCAAUUAUUCAAUGCAAUCGAUACACUCAUAAGCAAAUCGGAUUUAAUGCUUGAUAUUGUUCGGAAUGCAAUGGAACUUUCAAAAACCAAAUACAAAGACGAAGAACUCAAUUACAUUUUCAAAAAGUUAAAAAAAUCUGCAGAUGUUGUUAUUCGGUGGGGAACGAUUUUUUGAAAUACUUACUGCAAUGAUGAAUUUGGACAAUAUGGCUUCCGAUGAUGAUAUUCCUAGCUAUGAAAAUAAAACUAUUGAGUUGUCUUAUUUCCCGGAUAUUCAUAGUAUUUUCGAAACAAGCAGCGAUCCUCAAGAAUUGAAAUACUAUUGGAAUGCAUGGAGAAAGAAGAAUCAGAAAUGGUCACUGAAUAAUUUUUUGGUAAUGGUAAAUGGUAUUGGGGAUGCUGCGAAUUU